CCAAGGAGGAGGAGGACGUGUGAAGGUGGCCUAGCAGGUACCUUGUUAGGGAAGUCUAGGGAGCUUAGUUGCUUCUCUCGUAGCGACCUCGACAUGGACUAUAUCUACUAUUCUCUUCUGACGGGAGGCCUGCGUUGGGGCGACGAGAGACUCCAGCUUAUAGAGCUGGUACGGUCUAAAGCUCCUACCCCGUAUAGGGAUUGGUCGAGAAAGGCGUCAUCAGAGUGGAGGCAUCCUCCGCUAGCAUACGUGUGGGACCUCCUAGACAGAGAGCUUAGGGCCAGGCCGGAGUACAUCGCUUCAGUGGGCCGACUCUUUGUAGACGACUGGGACGCCUGGUGGAGUGACGCUCUUAUAUCCCCGCAGUUGAUUGUGCGGUACUACGAGAGCAUAGGGGCAUCGAGGUACGCCCUAGAGCCGCAGAUAGACGACGGUGACGUUGACGACGAGGAGGCGUGGGAGCCCGACUGGGUGGAUGCCGACGAGGAGGAUUCCGAGUCGGAGGAUGAGAUAGAGGAGGUUGAGGAGGUGGACGGCGCUGCUGCUGGGUCGAUCCAUUUUCCGAGGCUAGUGCGGAAGCGAGGAGUAGAGUAUGAGUCGCCACUCUGGGUUGGCAUGACGCAAAGCGAGUCUGUAUUGUACAGGCACAGACGACGAGCGUCGUAUUCUCUGCGGUGGGAUCACCGAGGUUCCGAUUCAUGGAGGAGUGUUGACGAUAGGAAUCCUCGAGUGAUCGUGCAAGAAGUGGUGUUAAGGCGCCGACUUCCCGUGGAUGAGCGACACCAGCCCUCCUCGCGACGAUUGUCGUAUGUGAGCAUGGUCCCGAGACGCUUAACACGUGAUGAGGCGACACUGCAAGUUCCUUUGGCGGUAAGCAUAGAUGAGGACCUAUCGGACAGUGAGUGCGGGGAGCUUGCGGAGGACGUCAUACGGGAGCAGAGGUUAGGAGCGCUAAGGGAAAUUACGAGCCAAAGGUGGAUGAUCUAUUUCUGUGUAAGAGGAGUUAUACGGGUGGAGAUCGUGCAAGACGAGACGCCAGUGGAAGCACGAGCUAGGAUGUGAGGAGAUCUAAGAGGCUGAGUGAAGAUCGGAGAUCGAGGAUGGAGGAUGAGAGACUGAAAAGAGUGAAAGAAAGAAUUAUAGAACCUGUGUUAAAAAGGGUCAAGGACUUGGCGGAAAGAAUCAAAGCAUGCGGAGUCU